AUGGGUUUCUACACAGUAUCCAAUGUGGAAGACAUGCGUAUCUGUGUUGUCAUGGUUGGAUUGCCAGCUAGGGGGAAGUCAUUUAUCUCGCAGAAGAUUGUUCGCUAUCUUUCGUGGCUGUCGAUAAAAGCAAAGUGUUUUAACGUCGGCACCUACAGACGUAAAGUUGGACCAGCUCAUCCCGAUGCAGAUUUCUUCGAUCCUUCUAACAAAGAGGGUUCCCAGGUUAGACAAAAUGCUGUUACUGAAGCCGUCAAAGACAUGAUGGCUUGGUUUAGCGAGGAAAAUGGUGUGGUAGCCAUUCUGGAUGCUACAAACAGUACCAAAGAAAGAAGACGGUGGGUCUUGAAACUCUGCAGGGAGAAUGCAAUUGAGCCUAUGUUUCUGGAAAGUUGGUGCGAUGAUAAGGAACUUAUUUUACGCAACAUCAGUGACGUCAAGACUUCUUCCCCGGAUUAUGAGGGCAUCGAUCCUGAGGUUGCUACCAAGGACUUCCUCAGACGGAUUAGCAACUAUGAGAAGGUAUACGAGCCGCUUGACAGUGAUUGUGAUAAGGAUUUAACUUUCGUGAAGCUGAUCAACGUCGCGCAGGAGGUCAUAGUUAAUGGCAUUCAAUCUUAUCUGGAGAGCAGAGUUGUUUUUUAUGUUAUGAAUUUGCAUAUUCGACCCCGAUGUAUUUGGUUAUCGAGACACGGAGAAUCCGUUUAUAAUGUGGAGAAGAAGAUAGGAGGCGACUCCUCUCUGUCCCCACGAGGCUUGCAGUAUGCGGAAAAGCUGCCGGAGAUAGUCAGGAAAAGCGCGGGCGAUGUCAACUUGACCGUCUGGACGUCCACGCUCUGUAGAACGCAACAAACUGCGCAACAUCUGCCCUACAAGCAGCUCCAGUGGAAGGCAUUGGACGAACUAGACGCUGGUGUGUGCGAUGGGAUGACAUACGAGGAAAUCGAGGAGAAAUACCCAGAAGAUUUCAAAGCCCGCGACGAUGAUAAGUAUGAAUACAGAUACCCGGGAGGUGAAUCGUACAGAGAUGUCGUGAUAAGAUUAGAACCGAUAAUCAUGGAGUUAGAACGGCAGGAGAAUAUCCUGAUCGUCACACAUCAGGCCGUGCUGCGAUGCAUAUAUGCAUACUUUAUGAACGUCCCGCAGGAAGAGUCGCCAUGGAUGUCUAUUCCGUUACACACCCUAAUUAGGCUGGAACCGCGCGCUUAUGGCACUGAAGUCACCAGAAUAAAGGCCGAUAUCCCUGCCGUCAGCACUUACAAGGAAAAAGGCACUAGCAAGUUGGGCGAAUCAAGCAGCGACGCGACUGCCAAGUUUCGCAAUCUUCUAAACGGUGCCCCCCCAUCUGCAUAA